AGUUGCUCUCCAGUGACCAGGCGGUGACCAUGAAGUGUAGCUCGCAAUGUUUUGUCACACUCUGUGAUUGCAUACCAGAUUGUUCUUAUUUAUUUAUUUACUGUGGUUAAUAUUAACUUUGUGGAACAGAAUAUUACAUAGUGUGUUAAGUGGCAUACACUCCCGUGCUUUCAUCACUGUUGUAAACAUUGUUUACCCACAUAUGGUGUAGAGGUUUUUGCUCAUUUAUAUCAGAGGAAAUACAGUAGAUGGGACAGGCCCCCCCCCCCGCCCCCUCCAUGCCCUGAAAUCUUUGUUGUGAAAAUUAUUUGUAGUGUAGCCUGAGUUCCACUUACAUGAUAGAAAGGUUAAAACUUGUUUGAGCUGGUGAAGCCAGUGAAUGUGAAAGCCAAAUACUGGUUGUGACAACAGAAUGACCUAUAGCAUGCCAUAUUUAAUGCACUUUUCACCAUACAUACUAAAACUGCAAGGUGAAUUCAGAAAACAUGUAUUAGGUAAUGGACAUGUCUAUGUUACUGAAAAUGUGAAUUGCACUGCAGAGCCAGUAGCACUGUGCAUUUUUCUUAAAGUGUUUCAUGGAUUCUCAGAAUAACACACGGGAGAGUGCAAGAACAUGCAAAAACAAAGAAACAGAAAAUGUAAAAGUGUUUGUUCUUACACCUUCAGAAUUGGCAAGUAUUGGGUUAAUAACCAAAGUGGAAAAUGGUCAAGCUGUUCUGUUGCCUACAAAGAAAGGGAAUAAUGUGGAUACGUCAACCACCUUAAGCCAAAUUAUUGCAAAAAAACAGUCUUUGACCAUCAAGGAUGUAGUUACAGCAGAAAGAUCUCAGCCUGUAACAGGUUGUUCAUCUGCUUCAGCGUCAUCAUCUGUUCUGAGGAACCAAAAGAGAAAGGGUUUUGAUGAGCAAGAUGUUACUAUAACAGUUGUCAAGCAGAAUGACAGUAAGGCUGCAUUAAAUGUUGAAACAGCCAAAACUCAUGAGGAUGUCACAGUCACAGUCAGCAAAUUGACUUCUACAAGUACAAGUGUGCCAAGGAGUGAUGUGAGUUCUCCUCAAGUUAAAAGAUCUUGUGGGAGUAAUGCUCAUACAGCUACAAACCUGUCAGGUGAUGCUAACAACUCCUCACAAAUGAAAACUGCCACUGUAAAUAACCCUCAUAAUCCUGCAACUGAACUAAGCAGUGGUGUAGAUGCUCCUCAAGUGAAAACAGCUGGUGUAAAUAACUUCUGUAUAAAUACAAAUGUGUCACGGAAAGGCGUAAUUCCCAGUCCAACGAAAACAGUUCGUAGACAUGACCCUCGUAAACCAUUAGCAGAUUUCGAUAAAUGGACACCAAAUCUUCUCAAAAGGACAUGUAAGCUUAUACCAAUGAAUAAUCAAGUGCAACUUCAGCAGACUCCACAGCAACAGACAACAUGUGCAAGUGCAGUCAGUACAGAUGAUAGUUCCACCAGAUGCUACUCAAACAACACUGUGAGAACUCGAGCAAGGCGAAUGUUGUCAGGCUUUGCACAGUACUGGAUGGACUCAUUGGAGGACAUUGGCUAUAUACGGUGCCCCCUGAGAGCCUGCAACUAUAUUAGUCUCUCAUACCAGGAUAUGAGUGCACACUAUGCUACAUGUGCUGGGGUAAGCAUCACUACAGAUGAUAUGUGCCCUGUGUGUCAAAAACGCCUAAAGUCAGCUGAGUGUGUUAAGCUACAUUUGAUUCGGUCACAUGGACCAAAAUCUAAGAAGCAAGAGGAAUUACAAUCAAUGUCUGCAGCAAAGAGAGUGCGUAAAGAGGAUCCACUUCCAAGAGUCCUUGUAAGAAAACGUGGUUAUUCAAAGGUGCAUAAAAUAUCUUGGACGAUAUCACUUGAACAGAAAGGAUACAUCAGAUGUCUUUUCCAAAACUGUGGAUUUCUUGCUCUCAACAUGGAAGAGAUGAUACAACAUUAUGGAAUCUGUAAUGGGAGUGGAUCUUCUGCCCACAUUCCAUGUCCAUUUUGCAGUGGACGUGUGGAAAACUUGGAUAAGCUGGACAAACACAUUUUAAUAUCUCACGCAGAAGAAUCAAAGCAAACUGGUACCGAAUAUGAGUUUAUUGAUGUUGUAGGAACACCAGAUCUUAAGCCUGUAUUUUCAGAGAAUAGCAAUGGCCAAAAGGAAAAGAGUCCACAGAAAUUGACAGUGAGUCAGCCUGAGACCCAACAGUCUUUUGCUACAAAUGUGCCGGAACUUUAUCCUCAUAAAAUGGAACAAAGACUAAAGACUACCACCGAGUAUAUUCUGCCAGAUAUUGUUUAUGAAGAUUUUGCAGAUGGUGUUAAUAGUGUAAAAACAUUCAACAGUGUACCUACUAAGGAUGGGUCAGAUUCAUUACAAAACUUAAUAACCGUCUCAUGUGGUGAAAACAACCUCCUGGAAGAAUUUGCGCCGGAGAAAGAGAAAGACCCUCCAAGCAUAAGAUCAUCAGAUUGUCAAAGUAAUAAUGGUGAGAUAGUUGGUACUGAUGUUGAAGAAUCUAACCCAAGUCGUAUGAAUGCACAAGAGAAUAUUUCAGAGAAAGGAUUUAAUGUACACAGUAGUGAGACUGUAAUUGUCAAUGUGGAUCCAAAUGAUAUCACAGAAGCAGAAGGAAUUUCAACUAUCAGACUAUCAUUAAACAUUUCGGAUGUUACAGAAUUGGAGAAAGGAAUUCAGGUGACUCAGCACAAUGUAAAUUCAAUGCCAUCUAGUGAAGAGUCAGCUGUCAUGAAAGUAAAUACAAAAACAUCAAAUGAAGAAGAGAUACCACUCACAUCGACUGCAGUGUCUGGCUGUGAUGUUCCUGUUAUACAGACAAACACACUAAACAUAAAAAACUUGGAUAAAUCAGAUUCUGUUUUCAGUUGCAAUGCUAAUGCAACAGAUGUCAUUCGUGGAGUGAUCAGUGUAAGUGACUUCUGUAGUGGAAAUAACAAACAGGAAGUUCUUACAAAGUCAGAUGGAGAUGCAAACUGUUUUAACAUUUCAAAUAUCUCGAAUGACAACACAAACGUUACUUGUAAUGAUACAACAUGUGCAGAUGAUCUGGAUAACAGCAGUAAAACAUGGCAGAAAACUGGCAGCAGUUGUCCGAGGUAUAUUCAGCCAAAGAUCUUAAUGCUAUCUGAUAGCUGUGAAAAAGAAAUAAUAAAACCACUAUCCAAAAUUAAUAAGCUGGGUGAAACCAUUACAUAUACUAGUGAGCAGCCAGGAUCUCAUGUUGCACCAAGUCAGCAAGAUUUAUUUACAUGUUCUCUUCCUAGUUCACAGGGAUUACGUCAUAUUAAAAAUGUAACAAAUACUGGAUCACCUCCAAAUGUCCAACAGAGUCUGGCAUGUAGAGAUGAAGACGAUAUUGAUAUUGAUCUGCUGUCAUAUUCGGCUCUGAGCAGUGGCCACACUAUUGUAUACAGUGACCAUCAAUGGGGAAGUAAACACACUGCAGUUUCAUCAGGUUUGAGGAGCCCCCCUAAUGAGAAGAUUAUUACAGAUAAAUCACGCUUAAAGACGUACAGCAAAAAGAAUUCGCCUCCCUCGCUCACUGAACAAAGAAAGAAUCAGAAAUCACCUUGCUGUGCUGAGAGUCAAAUACUUUUUAAUAGACCAUCAGCUGUGAAUUUUGAAGAGGAUGUAUAUAUAAAUAACAGCAUUGAAGCAACUGUGGCAGCUGUCAGCACUUCAUGUCAUAACAGCCAGUACAACAAAGAACAUGUUCCUGCGAAAGAUGGCAGCAUGCAGGAAUGUGGCAAUAGUAUGCUUGAAGAGCAUCAGCCAAAUCACACAAGGCCACAGGAUAGUAGCAAAUGCUUAGGAACAGUGGCCGCUGGAGCUGUGGCUGAUCGAAAGUUACUGGAUAUAGAUAUGGGCGCAUGCUCCAAUGGUGAUAAGAUGCACAUAUCAUCAGAUGUUAUAGUUAGCCAAGAAACAGAUGUGCAUGGUGACUCAUUAAAUGGAACUGCUACAUCAUCUGACCAUUUGUCUCCCAAUCUCCAUGAUUCUGGUGUGGUGGAAGAAAAAGAAAAUUUCCAAUGUGUUAAACUUAUCGAUCAGCCUGUGACUGCCAGUGUAUCCUCUGAGGUUCAGAAAUGUGUUGGCAAAGCUAACACAUCAAAGCAAAACAGUGAGAUUAGUACAUCUUCUGUGUCUGAAAGAUCUUUCGUGGACUCAUCAGCUAAAAAUAUUUGUGAUGACAACGAAGGCAACAACAAAGAGCCUUUUUCCAAUGUGCAGAUGAAUGUAUAUGACCUUGAAUCCUCAAAGGAAGAACAAAAUGAAUUGACUACAAAGCGGUCCAUAGCUAAUUUUGUACAAGAAAUGAACAUUGAUUACAUCAAUUCUGAAGCAGAUAAAUUCAUUAUAGAAGAUGAAAGUCUUUCAAUGUAUUUGAAUAACUCUGAUGAGUUCCAAGAAAAGAAUUUAUUGGAAAACGAUACUGUCUUAAUGCCAAUAGGAAGUUGUGAACAUAAUCGAGACACUAUGACAUCUGAUACUUCCUCCCCCAUAGGGGUUGAAACUGCUAUAGUUAAAGAAAAAGGUGAAAACACUCCCUUGCAAAAUACUGGCAGUUGUGGUAUGGUUAGUACUGAAAAAAGAGAAACAAUUACUUUAAUGCCAGUUAGUUAUUGUAAGACACAGUCAACUACUGAAACUAAAGUGCCUACAGAACCUGUUGGAAGUAAUAUGCAAACCAAAGAUGAUGAUAGGCACUCAUCAGAUAAUGGGAAUAGAAGUGUGGCUAUCUCAUCAAUUGAUGAACAGAUUAUGGUUUUCUCUUCAUCAACAAAUGUGACUGAUGUGGCAGUUGACAACUCUUGCCUCACUGUAGCAUCCAUGAUUGAUGAUGGCAUAAAGGGGAGUGUUAAGACACUGUGUGAAAAGCAGUUUCAGGAAGAACAUGAAGUAUCUCUAGCUAUUAAUACUACAGAUGAAAUUUUGAAUGUGGAUGAUGCUCCCUGCACUUUAUGCAUGGAAGAACGAGAAAGCAGUGUCCCUGUUGUAAUGAGCACACAAAAAGGUUUCAGAAAUGAUUUGGCAGAACAUUAUGAUAGAAUGAAAGAGUAUAAUUCCAACAACAAUUGUUUCAACAUAAGAAGUGGGGAUUUGGUAGUUUCUGAUGAUGACCUUGCUUUGUUAAACAGUACCAAGAAAGAACCCAGUACACAUUCCGUUUGUGGUGUGUCACUCACAGAUACUGAAAAUACAGUUCAGCCUCAGCAGUAUGGAGAAGUGUGUAGUAUCUACCCUCACAACAAUAAAGGUGAAUGUGUUAUGGUCCAAAUGGGCAGAGAUGAGCUUGUAAGAAAAGUUAAAGAUGAACCAAGUGAAAAGAUUAUACAAACUUAUGGAGAAUUAGAUGUUCCCCAUGAGAAAAAUGCUGUUAUUCACGUAAGAGAAGCCAGAGUCACUCUUGAUGAAAUGGAGAUGAAAAAUGAUGUACCUCCUGAAUGUUUAUUGAAACCUGAUGUACCAGUUUCCUAUCAGGAAAGAAAAACAGCUAUAUCAGGUACAUCACUAGUCGAAAAAUGUAUAAGUGAAGCUAAAAGCAUGAAGAAUAGUGGAGUGAGUCCUGAUAAAAACAUAACUAAUGAUGAUAAACCAGGGCAAACUACAGAUAUUCCAGUGUUUGAAUUACAUUUAUCCAGAGAUAGCAAUGAAAGAAAAGUAAAAGAUGAAUCACAUGAAAAGAGGAUAGAAACACAUGAAGUCCCCCAUGAGAGCAAUUCAUCACCUCAUGCAAGAGAAACCACAACCAAUGUUGAUAUGGAAGUUAAAAAAGCUACACUUACUGAAUGCUUAUGUAAAGCUGACAUUCCAGUACCUAAUCAGGAAAGAAAAACAACUACAUUAGAACCAUCAUCAAUUGAAAAGUGUGAAAGUGAAACUAAAGAUGUAAAGUGCAGUGGACUGAAUCCUGAUGUAAGUGUAGCUAAUGGUUAUAAACCAGAGAAGACUACAAACAUUCCAGUGUUUGAGGUACAUUUAUCUAGAGAUAGUAAUGAAAAAAAAGUAGAUGAUGAACCAAAUGGAAAGAGGCAAGAAGCACAUGAAGUCCCCUGUGAGAGCAAUUCAUUCUCUCUUGUAAAAGAUACCACAGUCAGUACUGAUAUGCAAAUGAAAAAUGCUGUACCUACUGAAUGCUUUUUGAAAACUAACCUACUAGUUUCUAAUCAGGAAAGAAAAACAAGUGUAUUAGACACGUCAUCAGUUGAAGAGUGUGAAACUAAAGGUGCAAAGAGCAAUGGGCUGAACCCUGAUGUUAUUGUAGCUAAAGAUGAUAAACCAGGGAAGACUACAAAUAUUCUAAUGUCUGAGGUACAUUUGUCCAGAGAUAAUAAUGAAAGGGAAGUAAAAGACGAACUAAGUGAAAAGAGGAUAGAAACAAAUGAAAUUCCCUGUGAGAUCAGUUCAUCCAGUCAUGGAAGAAAAACCACAAUCAUUGCUGAUAUGGAAAUGAAAAAGUCUGUUUGUACUGAACGUUCAGUAAAGCCUGUUCUACCACUUUGUAAUCAUGCGAGUAAUGCUACAGCACCAGCUACCUCAUCAGCCAAAGACUGUAAGUUUGAAACUGAAGAUGCUACGAGCAGUCAACUGCAUGCUAAUGCAGUCAUUGCUAAUGAUGUUAAACUGGAGAAGCCUGCAAAUACCCCUAUGUCUGAGCUAUGUUUAUCCAGAAAUAAUAAUAGUAUGAACAAUAUUUCUGUAAAGGAUGAGGAUUCCACCGAAAUUCCAUCAGAUCCUGCAAUGAAGGAAAAGGACUGUGAAGAUGAAAAUUUGGGAAACCAGAAAGCGGAAGAUGUGACAGUUAUGGGUGAAAAUAAAGCCAGUCGCCCUCAACAGUCAGAUUUUUCACAGUGCUUGGUUUGCAUUACCUCUUCUCAAGAUAAGGAAUAUAGAUCAACUGCAGUGCAUUUGAACACAAGCAGGCAACAGUUGAUUACUGACACUGCAAUGUCAGAAAGUGGAGAAGAUAAUACCUCCCACUUUGAUACUAACAAAAAGCUGUCUGAAGAUGGAAAUCCAUCAAAUGCUGAAGCAGUAUCAAGCUAUGAAAAUGCCAUGCCUAUAAAGAGCACACUGUCAUCUAUAACAUCGAAAGAGAAGUCCGCAGAUUUAUCAGGAUGUAAUUCUUAUGUUUUGGAAACUUCCAACAGUAUGGAUACUUCUCAGGGAUCCAAUGUAAAUCCUGUACCUGUGGUUUCAGCAUGUAUCACUUCUUGCACCCAGCAAUUAGAUGAUGAAAGUGUUAUAGAUAAAGACAAAACAGAGGCUAUUUCUAGUGAAGAGAGUAGAGCUUCUCAUAAUGCAAGUUCUAGUAGCAUGCCACGUGUCAGAAAUCUUUUGAGCUACCAAGACAAUUUGAAUGACAAGUUUGAACAGCCUAGAGGCAAUACUAUAACACUGGAAAAAAACAAUCCUGGCAAAGAUGUUAAUCGAUCAGUACAUCUGUUCAACAAUUUAGCCGCAGACAUAGAUAAAAGGAUAUCUGCUGCUUCAUCUUUUGAUCCAUCACAAAUGUCAGAACAUGCAGAUAGCGAAACAAAUGUGUUGAAUUGUAAAGGUGUGUCAUCUGUUGACAAUGAAGUGGCAACAAGUAGAAUAUUAAAAUCUGAUAAUCUCUGCGGAAAUGGUUACUUGUGUGAUAAAGAAAACCCAGCUACUAGUAACCGUCCUGCUUCAGAGUCAGAUGCUAAAAGUAAAGAAUAUGAGAGUAUGCAAAAUUUGCUCUUGCGAAGAGAAUAUGAGGAUAAAGUGGCAACUGCAGAUGGUGGGUCCAAUGAAAAAAUAAAUUUUGAUGAAAAGUCACAAAAUCCAGUAAAAGCGUUAAGCAUGUCAGACCCAGUUAACAAUACAGUAAUAUGUACAACCAGUCAGAAAGUUAAUAGCCGUCCUGUGGCCACAGAAAGUAUGGAGACUGAUUUGAAACUGAAUGCAGGAUCUGAUGUGACAGUUUGUAAUGCUACUGUGCUCGAUAGUACCCCUGAAGAUGUUAAAAAUUUAAGUUCUCCAAAUUCUAGCAAAGAAAAUAUAGAGAACGUUAACUCUACAGGGACCUCAACUUCUCCAACAUUGUUGGGAAAAACUGGCCACUUAACCUUUUCAUCUUGUGAAACUGGAGAAUUUGGUACAAGUCUACUUCAGGUGGAUGAAAAGUCAAAUUCAGAAGAAUUGAGUGAUGUUUUUAAAAAUACCAGCUCACUUCUUUCAGCAUCUAAGAUUUGCAGGAAAAGGAAAAAUAGUGAUGGUACAAAUACAGAGAAUAGUAAUUCAAAGAUCCAAGUUUUAGAGCUCGAUAGCGACAAAUUGUCUAUUUCCAGUUGCAUAAAAGUGACAGUGGAGGCAGCACAAUGCCACUCUGGUUCCGAUAAAAGCCACAAUGAAAAAGUCUUCACAGAGGAUUUUAACUGUUCUCUAGAAAGGAAGCUUCAGCUGCCAGGUGAUGUAUCAGAUUCAUAUGAAACGUCUGCAGCAGACAAGUCUGAGAACAUAGAGGAGACGUCUGGUCAUUUGAAAACCUCUGCUACUGACGACAAUGGUACACUUCAUUGUCACGAAAAAUUUAGAGCGAGUCAAAAUGUAACUGAAUCACAAGGUAAUACUCAGAGUGAUGAACUGCUUAAAAACAGCAGUUUUGGCGCAUCAGAAGUGACCAAGUCAAAUAAUAACCACAUCAGCCAUAAUAAUUAUAACAAUGCAGUUGGUGCAGGAAUAAUAAAGAGCAAGGAUGGUACAGAAUCAGAUGCUGAUGUACACAGUGUGGUUUGUGGCCAGAAGAGAAAAACCAGCCAACGUGAGUUAUGUUUGCCAGAAAGCAGUACUGAAAUCCCAUUGGAGAAAAAGAAGUAUAUUCCUUCUCCCACACAAAAAACUGGAUGUCCAGAACGGUCAGAAGGAAUCUUGGAAAGUGUUGCACUUUGUUCCAACAAAGAAAAGGCAGAAGUGUCCAUUGCAAAGUGUGUUUAUAACACGCGGCAUAAAGGAACACUACACACUGUUCUAAAAUUAGAUCAAGCUUCUGGGUUUUGUUCCCCACUUAUUGGUAGAGGUAGGGGGAGAGGCAGAGGUAGAGGAACAAUGAAGGAAGGGAUAGUGGGGCAAGGUGAGGGCUCUCCACUCUGUGGCCGAGGAAGAGGAAAGGAAGAGACAGUGGGGCAAGGUGAGGGCUCUCCCCUGUGUGGCCAAGGGAGAGGGAGGAAGGAAGAGCUGAUGGGCAAAGGGAGAGGCAGAGGCAGGGGAAGAGGAAGAGGACGAGGCCGAGGAUAUGGGAAAGGAGAGGUGACAGAUAGCUGCAGCCAGAUGCUAGACAGUGGUCUCACCCUGCUUGACAAAGAUGCUUCUUGUCCUGCUCUUGUGAAAACUGAAUCAGUAGGUACUGAAAAUGAAGGCAAUAUUAUCACUGGUUCAGAUAUUGCAAGUAGUUGCAAUGAGCCCAGUGGAACUGUGACAGCUGCAAAAAGAAAGAGGGGCAGAGCAAGUGUAAAAAUCUGGCCUGCAGAGAUGACGGGGAUUGAUCAUAAUGUACAUGAAGAAAAGAAAGACAGUAGCUCUUUGAGUUUCAUUAAUCCAUCUCGUGAUCUUGAUACUAAUAUCAGAUCAUCCUCAAGUGCUGGCAAAGCAGAUGUAAAUGAUCCUGAGGAAAAUGAUAAAGUUAAAAUCAGAGAAGGUGAGCAGAGCAAUGGAUGCAAGAAUAUUCCUUCAGACUUUGAAGAUGAGUCAUUUUCAAAAGAAAAUGAAGGAGGAGUAAUGACUGACUACAGAAGAGCUAAUGGUAAACGAGGUAGCACAAGAAAAGAUCAAAUUAUGACUAGUAAUGACAGUAUACUUAGCAAUGAAGAUAAACAAAGUAAAGAAAGGAACACAGUUGAUGAUACCUUUGAAGAUGAGGAAUAUUCCCCACAGCAUAGGAGAAGAGGUAAAACAGACAUGAGAAGAGCUAGUACCAGCGAAAUUACCAACAAUCAAGAUGGGAAGAGCCAUGAAGACAGCAUAAUAAAUGAAAGCAAUUCAGUAACACCAAGAGAGGACAGUCAGAACGAUGGAUAUAAAAAUAUUAAUUCAAACUUAGAAGAUGAACCAUUAUCGAAACAAAAUGAUGGAAGGAUAAUAACAAGCCUAAGAAGAAAACGUGGGAGACCUAGAAAGGAUAAAAUAAUAGUUAGUAAUGACAGUAUGUUCUGCAGUGAAGAUGAACAAAGUGACAAGGUCAACUCAGUCAAUGAUACCAUUGAAGAUGAAGAAUAUUCACCACAGCAUCAAAGAAGAGGAAAAGCAGAAGCAAAAAGAGCUAGUGUUGAAAGAAGCAUAGAAACGAGCUUAAGAAGAGGCAGUGGAAGACGAGGGAGACCAAGAAAGGAUAAAAUGAUGGCAAGUAAUGACAGUAUGUUCAGCAAUGAAGAUGAACAGAGUGGUGAAGACAAUACAAUUGAUGACAUAUUUGAAGAUGAUGAAUAUUUACCACAGCCUAGAAUGAGAGGAAAAAGAGAAUGUAGGAGAACUAGUGCCAGAGUGUCCAGCAAUCAAGGGGGGGAGAGCCACGAAGACAGUAUGACAAACGAGAGCAUUGAAGGUAAAAGAAGAGGCAUGAGACAGGGACAAAGAGGGAUGGUGGCGACACCUAGCACUAGUAAAACAUCUGGUAAUGACAGUAACGAAGAUGAUCAGAGUCGUGAAGAUAGCUGUGAGGACAAUGACUAUUCACCGCAUCAAAGAAGAACAGGUAAUGUGCAAAGAAAGACAUGGACAAGAGGAGGAAGGGGGAGGGGAAGGGGAAGGGGAAGAGGAAGAGGAAGAGGAAGAGGCAGAGGCAGAGGUGGCAUAUGUAGCAGCAGAGGACAAGGAACACAGUUUACUGGAGAAGAUGCAACUGAAAUUCAGGUCAAGUGUGUAAAAUGCCCGGAAGAGGAGCUAACCAACUGGACAUUUGAGUCACAUAAUUACCAAAAGCAUAACGGUCUCUCAUGGAUAGAGGGCCAAGAACCAAUUGACAUGAAGGAUGAAAAAUUUGUUCAAAAAAUACUUCUUAAGGUCCGCAAGCAAGGAAAGAAGUGGUUCACCUGUGAAAAGUGUGAUGCUGCAAAGAAGAGUGUUGUUGGAUUUUAUAGCCACAUGCAGUUCUGCCAGAAGACCUCCGAGGAACGUGAAUCUAUGAAAGAGCAGUGCCCAUUUUGCGAGAGAUAUUUAAUUCCUACAAGUUUGAAGGUCCAUUUGCAGCUACACAGGUCUGAACAAGAAAGGCAGCAACAACAGGAAGAAAUAAUUGCUUUCAACAUGGAACCUGGAAAACGCAAACGAGCUGCAGCUGAAAAAGCAACCACUCUCAUGCAAGAAUUCAUGAAGGGAGGUGAAGAUGAUGAACCACCUGGGGAGCAGAAAGCUGACAAGGAUGAAUUGUUUGAACGACUUGGUUACACAAAGCCAACCAAUUCCCUUGUUGGAAGGUGGAAGAUGAAAAUAAAACGGAACGGGAAAAUACAGUGCAACAACCCUAGCUGUCUGUUUGAAACAUCUGAACUUAGCAGUAUGCAAGAGCACUACUUGAACUGCCCAAAGGCACUACGCAAGGGUUAUUUAUGUAAGCUGUGUGAUCAUCAUUGUAAUGAAGAAUCUGAGAUACAUGAACAUUUGAAACAACAUGAAACCUCUAAUCCAGCAGAAGAAACAGACUCCAGUGGAGACGAUGAAGAUGAUGACGAUGGUGAAGUAUUUCAUGAACGAACUGGUCUAUUAACUAGCCUAAGAGCUGGAAAACCGAGGAAACUGAGAUACAAGAUAGCUAACAAAAUGAGUUUUCUGGCAAGAGAAACAAGUGGAACUGUGAUCGGGGAUCGUAUCUAUGGUCCAGCCUUGAGGUGGACGGCCAAGUUCCAGACACAACAUUACAAGGAUAGUCUCUUCCCAUCAUAUCAUACAUCAUUAGAAGACUGGACUGCAAUAAAAGACUCACUCGUACAUGAGUAUUUGCCUGCUGCUAAAGAAAGUAUGAUGAUUAGUCAGUUGACUAUGAGAAAGGAAGUGGUUGAUGUAGAGACACAAAAUUUAGAGUGGAGAAAGUACAGUUUAUUUGAGGCAACUGUUAAAGAUGAUGCAGUGACAAUGUUUGUUGGAGGACCAGUAUGGGCAAUGGCUUGGUGCCCAUUGCCCUUGAGGCUAUCACUACAAGCAGAUCCACAAAAUACAAAACAGUAUCUUGCCGUAACUUGUCAUAGAAAUAUGGAGGACCAGUAUAGUGUGUCACGGUCAUACAAUGGACCGGGGAUUAUACAAAUAUGGUGUUUUGAGGAACUUGACAGUUUAAAGUCACCCCCAAUUCCGUCACUUACUCUUGCGAUAGCGCACAAUUAUGGAGCAAUUUGGUGUAUGGAAUGGUGCCCCUCAGGUUGUUAUGAAAGGAACGGAUGUGAAACGGAAGAGAAACACCUGCUACGUUUAGGCCUGCUGGCAGCUGCCUGCUCAGAUGGUUGUGUACACAUCUUCUCAGUUUGUCAUCCUGAUGAACUGAGAGGAUGUGGAUGUGGCAGGUACCCAGUCUUCAAGACAGAACCUGUUGUGUCACUAAUUCUGGAAGAGGAGGCAGAUAUAAAGCUUGGUGGUACAGACUGGCAGUGUCUUCGUUUGUCAUGGAGUAAAAUAAAAAAUCACAGAAUAAUUGCAGGCAGUUUUUCUAAUGGCAUGGUGGCUUUAUGGGAUAUUGAAUCAUCAUCAAGGUUAUUGUACAAAAUGUGUGGAAAGAGGAAACUAAUAUAUCCAUAUCACACAUUUCAGCCGCAUGGUGGACCUGUCACAGCUCUUGCAAUGUACCCACUGAACGAGCGAUUUUUAAUGACUGGUUCAUAUGACAGAACUUGUAAAUUCUGGGAUACACAUGACACUGCUGAACCCAUCACUUCAACAUUCAAGGGGCUGGUGACGGAUGGAAUUUGGCUCACACAUUGGCCAUCAGCUGUCAGUGCAUAUGAUGAUGUUUACUCACGGUGCCACACCAACUCUACAGUGAUGCCAGUGCGCAACUUUGGGUACAGCGGCUAUCCUGUGAUGGCACAGAACUCUGUUGCUUGGACCCUUUCAUCAUCAGAUUGGGUGAAUUCUGUUGCACAAGGAACUUCUGCAGGAGAACUGUCAGCCAUUUUUCUGCAUCAGCUAUUAAUUGGUGUUGAUACAGAGAAGGGCAUGAAGAACAAACGAAUGAUUCUGAGUUAUGCAGAGCUUAUUAAUUUCAAAGAAUCUUCUUCCACAUCUGAACUGUCUGGAAGUGCUGGGAAAGACGAAAAGAAGGAACUCGUGCCAUCUGAGACUGUGGAGCAACAGGCAUCAGCAUCCAAGUCCACGACUGGUGGUGUCCUUAGCUUAGGAUCAUUGAAUUCUCAGAUUUCUUCUGGUAUUGAUUCAGGAGAAAAUUUAGAAACUGUUAAUGUUGCCAGUGGCACACAUUCAGAAAAGGCAUGUGGAUCUAGCAUGGAAACGGAGGUGGAUGAAUUAUUACCCAGUGAAAUCAGAGAUGAUAACAAAAGUGUGAAUGAUCCUGUUUCAACUGUUAACGGAGAGGAAGGACUGGACGAGAGUCAACAAAUAAAUGACAGUGUCAGUGUGAGCGAAAACUCAAGUGAUCUGAAAUAUCUGCUGAAGACUGAACAAUAUUCUGAAGAUGUAACAUGCACAAGCUUCAGCUCUGUAAAGGAUUGCGACAUAGAUGUGUCAACGUGCGAUGACAGUCAGAGUGUUCUGUCUUCACAGGUGAACUCACCCACAUCUAGCCAAGCCUCUGAUGCCAACAAGCAGUGCAAGAAGAAAGAAGUUCGUUGUGAGCAGAAUGACUCGCAGCAGGCAGAGGAGAAAGCACAAGAAACUUUGAUAUUGAAGCCUAGAACUUACAAUGAUGUCGAAAAAAGCUUCGGAAUUGUUUUGUGUGAUUUUCCAACGGAUGAUUUUUCACAAAUGCCACAGGAAGCCAGACGUUGGAUGCGGCAGUCUGAUCAAAUGAGAAUAUUUCCAACUGAAAUGUAUCCAGCAAUAUCUAUUAAUCGAGUUGCUUGGAAUCCAAACUUCAGAAGUUUCUUUUGGAUAGCAAGUGGUUACCAAAGUGGUUUAGUUGUCUAAAGUGUGUCUCAGCAAUGUAUAACAAAGAUGUUGCAAGAAAUGUGCUCAUGAUCAGAGAUGCAUAUAGCUAAUAUAUGCAUAUUUUGUUUUUUGUAUAUAUGUUUGUAUGUUGGUUAUCUUUUCUGAGUAUUUUAAUAAGCAUUUUUGUUUAAGACAGUACCUGUGAAGCAUUUAUAUUUAUUUAUGGACUACAUGUCAAAUGGAUGUAUGAUUUUUAUAAAAAAUAUUUACAACUCA